AUGGCGGAGGCAAUAUCAUCAACCUUUGAUUCAGGUUGGGCAUGGCUCCCAAGCCACGUUCUAGAUUUGAUACUAGAUAAGUUGAUACCAAUCUCCGAUUACAUCCGGUUCGGAGUGGUUUGCAAGCGUUGGCGAUCAGUAGCUUUGUAUCAGAAGCAGCAGCGCCUCCAAUCAUGUCACAAACAGCUUCCUAUGCUCAUCAUCCCCCGCAACCGUGGUGGAAGAGGUUCCUUGUACGGUGUCACACAGGGAAAGGCAUACAGCUUUGAGUUGCCACAACAUGGGCCUAAGUAUGAUAAUCACAAUAGCUACGGUUGCUGUAGUUCUUGCCAUGGUUGGUUGGCUUAUAUGGGUGGUGAAUUUUUGGUCCUAAACCUCUUCAACCCUUUUACCGGAG